AAUAGAGAAUGCAAAAGCAAUUAUUCGAUGAAAGUUAAAGAAAAAGAGAAACUUUAUUUAAUCUAAUCUCCGCGACAAGACAGUGGCAUUUGUAUAAGCAUAAGCACAAAUUCCAGUGGCUUCCCUAUCAACGAUCCUGAUCAUAUCUUAACUAAGCCAACGGUCAAGAUCCUCGAACCUACCCUCGUUUCUUCCUGUACACAGCUCGAUGUCUCUUCUCCUCCCUAUGGACGCCAGCAAUGCUUCAUCCGACGUGGAACUGGAAUCCUACACGUCGUACAGUAUCUCUCCGAAAGGCGGGACGACGGGAACCAAGUUUUGUCCGCAUAGAAAUAGCCAGGCAUAUACACUAUAACAGAGAGAGGGAGAGACCGAGGCGAGGCAAGGCGAGGCAAGGCGAGGCAAGGCAAAUUUUUCAUUCGGGGUUUUGUUUGUAUUUCGAGUUUUCUAGGACGAUUAUGGUCGUCGUAGUUGUUGGCGGAGGUGGCGAAUCGCGAGUCCUCAUGCUUUUGCUAGUUUAAAGUUAAAAAAAAAAAAAAAAGAAACAAAAAAAGAAGGUUCCUGGGUGCCCUGUUGCUAAUCAAUCUUUAUCUUUAACGGAGAAAAGAAAGUAUUUUUGGGGGCCUUCAACUCGGAGCUAAUCAAGCAACCACACCUCCUUGAUGGUGAAUCUUUAUGGUAUUUUGUAAAGAGUGCAAUUUUAGAGGUGUAGAUUUGCAGAUUCACCUUCGAGGUCAGAUUGGUAUAAAAGGCCGUUUCUUCAUGUGAGAGAGAAGUAAAGAUGGGGGGACUCCAUGAAGAAAUGAUUCUUUGCGAUUUUCCUGUGAAGAUUUUUGGGUCAAAGUCCAUUUUUUUUGCCUUUUGAUCUGAUAUACGUUCCAGUCUUGAGCACUAUGAGCUUCUUUUAUGGGAUUGAACAUUUGAAGCGCUUCGAGGACUCGGUUGAAGGUGCCAUUUUUUAUCAGAUUUCCCUGCAAACUUAAUUAGAGGAGAGGCCCGAAAAGGGAAUUUUGUAAGCGUGUUGUGAUUCCCAUUUUGAUAUUCAGGCACCUGGAAUGCUCAAAAGUAAAAAUAAAAAAACAAAUGAAAUAACACCGGGACAUAUUCUAGCUUAAAAGAACUCUCUCUCUCUCGGUUCUGAGCUUUUUGGCUUGGCACGAAAGAAAAUGGAGAAAAGAGGAAAAUACACCCCCUCCUUUAACAACGACAGGUUCUUUCCUCUUCUUUUGUUGUUGGUCUCGUUCUGCUUUCACCACGCCGCUGCGUACUGCCGAGAGAAAACGACUAAGCACAUCUCCUCUCAGCCUCCACCACCCAAAUUCCAAAAUGGGCUUCAAAGUAUUCUUCUCAGCAUUGCAUUAGGAGCACUAACCGGUUUCCUUGGUGCGCUUCUGUUCGCUCUGAUAGUCCGCAGCGUCAUCCGGUACCUCAACCGGACCCCACUUCUCAAAGGCCCCAUCAUAUUCUCCCCCAAAAUCACUCCCAUGACGCUCCAAGCUGCUCUCGCCAAUGAAAACCAUUUGUUGGGAUCAAGCUCUAAUGGGAAAUACUACCGGACUGUGCUCGACAACGGGCUUGUCAUCGCGGUGAAGAGGCUCGAACAGUUUCCGACCGGUUCCCCGGAGAAGUGCGUGAAGAGAAUGAUACAGCAGGAGCUGGAAAUGCUUGCCAGUUUGAGACACCAAAAUUUGAUGAGCCUAAGGGCUUAUGUUCGCGAAUCCGGUGGUGGGCUUUCUUUGCUUUAUGACUAUUUCCCGACUGGGAGUCUCGAGGAUGCAAUGCAUAGAGUUAGAGAUAAUCAGUUGCGGCUUGGGUGGGAGCUGCGCCUGAGGAUUGCGGUUGGGGUUGUUAAAGGGCUUCAGUAUCUUCAUUUCGAUUGUGACUCUCAUUUUCUGCACUAUAACUUGAAGCCUACAAAUGUGAUGUUAGACGCAGAUUUUGAACCCAGGUUGGCGGAUUGUGGGUUGGCUAAGCUCAUGCCCAGUUUGGAUAGAGUAACUUCGGGCUACAGUGCUCCGGAGUGUUUCCAAAAUUGCAGGUACACUGAUAAGAGUGACGUUUUCAGUUUUGGGAUGAUAUUGGGUGUUUUGUUAACUGGUAGAGACCCUACUGACAAAUUCUUUGGAGAGCCGGCUAGUGGGGGGAGUUUGGGACAGUGGCUUAGGCAUUUGCAGCAAGCAGGGGAGGCACGAGAAGUGCUAGAUACGAGUAUUCUAGAAGAAGUGGAGGAAGAUGAGAUGCUGAUGGCAAUGAGAAUAGCUGUCAAAUGCCUAUCAGACAUUCCUGCAGACAGGCCUUCCAGUGAUGAGCUUGUUCACAUGCUAACCCAACUACACAGUUUUUGAAGGAAUUGCUUAACAACCCAGUCAUGGAAACUGUGGAAGGAAGGGAGCGUUGAACUGACUCGUGGGGGGUAGAGAUAAUGGAGUCCUUUUUCUUGUUCUUCGAAACAGAACAGACUCCGUUCAGUUUAAGGAGUUAAACUUCAAUGGGGAGUUUUAUAAUUAUAACUUCUUUCAGGUCCAAAACUCCAAAUGCAUGCACACGAGUUUGCUGAGUGUUAAAG